AUGGAAUUGGGAACCUCAGAGUCAUCAUAUCCAGGGUCCGGGAAUUGGGAGAUCCCAAUUGAUCUGUUCGGUUCCAAAAAGCAUGCUGGAGUUUCACGUGGUGUUCUAGCAUUUGCAGAUGAGUCUGGUAACAUAGUCUUCAGCGUGAACCGCCACCCUCCCAACCCUAACUCAUCACCCCUUCCCAAUGACAAGAAACUCUUGCUUGAUGCCUCAGGCAAUACCCUCUUCUCCAUCUACCGCUAUCAUAAUGGGUCUUGGAAGUGCUAUAAGGGAGACAGUGAUGGGAAUAGGGAUCUGGUGUUUAGAGUGCAGAGGACCCUCAAAACCCUUUCUAGAGUUGAAUUAGAGGUACUUUUUGAGAGUGGAAGUUCUAAUGAUAAAGGUUGUGAUUUGAAAGUGAAGGGCUCCCCUUUCCAGAGAUCAUGCUGCAUUUAUAAAGAUGUUGACUUGGUUGCACAGAGUAGCCUGAUGUACAAGCUCCACCAAAUAUAUGUCAGUAGGGGUAAAUUUCGCCUAACAAUAUUUCCGGGGACUAUUGAUCAUGCUCUAAUUGUGGCUUUGUUUGUCAUAUUUUUAAGUGGAAGAAAGUAG